AUGCCUAUCGUUGAACGUCCAUUCUCGGACGAUCCAGAUAAGUUCAGUUUCGCUAUUAUCGGAGAUAAAACGGGAGGUGGCUUAGAUAAGUGGCCAGUGUUCGACCGCGCCAUAGACGAAAUCAACGUCCUAAAACCCGAUUUCGCCAUCAUGGUUGGGGACUUGAUCCAAGGAGACACAAGAGACCCUGAACAACUCGCAGCGGAAUGGAAAGAAUUCUGGCAACACGAAUCCGAUUUAAUCGUUCCAUUUCUGUCCUUACCCGGCAACCACGACAUUACCAAUCCAGUGAUGUACCAAUAUUGGCAAGAACACCUCGGACGUACCUAUUCGGCGUUUAGAUAUAAAAAUUGUCUAUUUAUAAUGCUGAAUACCGAGGAAUGGCAUCAUCCUCUACAGGCAGAGGAGUGGGACUGGGAGAAAGGCUGGUUUGGAGAAGCACAGACUCAGUAUGUGAAAGAUGAAUUGGCACAACAUCCGGAUGUCCGGCAUACAUUUGUCAUGUUGCACAGACCUGUAUGGUUGUACGAAAACUCGGGUUGGGAACAGAUUGAAGAAGCCCUCGGAAACCGAGCGUACACCGUCUUCGCUGGACACUACCAUAAUUUAACCUUGCAUACCCGCAACGACCACCGUUACUUUGUCCUGAGUGCGACAGGUGGUGGAUUGACCCCACAAGAAGCACCUGAAGCCGGUGCCUUUGAUCAUUAUAGUAUUGUAACCGUAGAUGGUGAAAAUGUCGAUGUCGCGAUCGUCAAGCCGGGGAACAUUUACCCCGCAGACAUCUCAACCGCAACCUUCAAAGAGAGUCUCGCGAAUCUACUCACUUUUAAGCCUCACUUUAACAUUGAUAACACUCAACCGCUUUCCAACGGAAAUCUCGAAAUCUCGCUCGAAAAUACUCUCGAAAAACAGUUAGAGGUCGAAAUCGCUUUCCAUCCAAGUGAGAAUUGGCAGAUUUCACCACAUCGGUUAACUUUUCAAGUGAAACCGGGACAAACGACAAAAGGCACUGUUGCCCUUACAGUCCCAUCUGAUGCCUUAAUACCACUCCCGACCUACGACUACUCGAUUGCGUAUGGUGGGGAACAAUUGAGGAGCGGUAGGAACCUGUUUCAUCCGAUUGACAGAUCAAAUAUGCACGUGCUCAAAAAUUGGAUGCUUCUCGGUCCCUUUGACCUCGGUGUGACAGAAGCACCUACGAAUACGAACGAAGUGCCGCCAAAUUUCCUUACAACACCGUUACCGGAAUCCGAAACUGAUAAAAUCUAUCAAGGACAAACAGGAGAAAUCGCUUGGCAAGAACACGUCUCUGAAUCGGAACGGAUUAACUUAGACGAUGCCUUUGGGAAUCCUGAGUGGGCAUUCGGCUAUGGCAUGUCUUAUAUCAAGAGUCCCGAUGCGCGGCGUGUGUUUGCACAGAUUGGGUGGGGGUGUAAUCUGGGAAAACUCUUUCUUAAUGGUGUUGAAAUUGCCGCAGCGUCCACCCCGGGUUCACAUCUGUUUCGCGGAUGGGCUCACUUUGAAUUACCUUUGAAAACUGGCUGGAACACCUUAACGAUCCAGUCUGGGGACUAUAAAGGUGGAUGGGACUAUCGGAUGGAAAUAGCAGACGCUACCAACGCGAUACAAUUUAGUGCGAAGCGUACCAGUCAAGAUUAA